GGAGCAAAGUGAGCCAAUGGCUAUCGGGAACGGCUACUGGACGGGUUCCGCGGUUCGUGCGCCGUCCUCGCCUUUCAUUGGCUGCGAGUGACUUCUCGUCUUGCCAUACGGUGGCCAAUGAAAUCGGGUCAUCAGGACUAGAGUCGGAGGAGCGGCGGUGGCUAAGGUAACAGUUACUCUGUCUUCAGCAAGCAAGUUGAGACUGAAUUCUGGAAUUUGUUUUCUCUGCCACGUGUCAAUAAUAAGGAAGAACUUAUAUUAAAUGGAAGAUAAGUAAAGGGUCCUCCAACUGGCCUGCUGAUUUGGGUCUGGCAGAGAGCUGUCUUCAGCACCUCAUCAUGUAUCUGCUUUUUGUUGUUUAGACAAGCCUGGACAUUUCUGUACACACAAUCCUCAGCUAUAUCAGAAGAAGAAAUUCAGGUGAAGAAAAUCAUGCCUUUGUUCAGUAAAUCACACAAAAAUCCUGCUGAGAUUGUAAAAACUCUGAAAGAAAACAUGGCCAUAUUGGAAAAGCAAGAUAAAAAAACAGACAAGGCAUCAGAAGAAGUGUCAAAAUCACUGCAAGCAAUGAAGGAAAUUCUGUGUGGUACUAGUGACAAGGAGCCACCUACGGAAACAGUGGCUCAACUGGCACAAGAAUUAUACAACAGUGGCCUGCUAGUGACACUUAUAGCCAACUUGCAGCUGAUAGAUUUCGAGGGCAAAAAGGAUGUGUCCCAGAUAUUUAACAACAUCUUGAGAAGACAAAUUGGCACUCGAAGCCCUACUGUGGAAUACAUUAGUGCCCAUCCACAUAUCCUAUUUAUGCUUCUAAAAGGGUACGAAGCACCACAUAUUGCCUUACGCUGUGGAAUUAUGCUGAGAGAAUGUAUCCGGCAUGAGCCACUUGCCAAAAUCAUCCUUUUCUCAGAACAGUUCAGAGACUUUUUCAAAUAUGUGGAAAUGUCAACGUUUGACAUCGCUUCUGAUGCCUUUGCUACAUUUAAGGACCUGCUAACGAGACACAAAUUGUUGGUAGCAGAUUUCCUAGAACAAAAUUAUGACACAAUCUUUGAGGACUAUGAAAAACUGCUUCAUUCUGAGAAUUAUGUCACAAAGAGACAAUCUUUAAAGCUGCUGGGUGAACUGAUUCUGGACCGACACAACUUUGCCAUCAUGACAAAAUACAUCAGCAAACCAGAGAACCUGAAGCUAAUGAUGAACCUGCUGCGAGAUAAAAGCCCCAACAUUCAGUUUGAGGCAUUCCAUGUGUUCAAGGUGAUGUCUAAGGCAGGGUCAUUUGGAUCUGGGCCUAGUGAUCUGAGGGGGCCCUUGUUACAGCAAUGCAUUAUUAGAAAGGGAUGACAAAUUGCCUGGCUGAUUGCUGCAGGUAACCACUUGCUGGGGUCGAUGGUGCUCUUCUCAGGUCAUGUCACAGUGACUCUGGGUAAGAAUUGGGGGAGUCAUGUGAUUCCAAAAUAUUUGAUGUGGAUGGCACCCAGCAAUCAGAUAUUACAGUGCUGGGUAAGACCCUAGAUAGACAGUGUUAGCUCUCUGGGUGAGGCAGAAGCAAAUGGGAAUUUUUAUAUUAUUUCAAGAGAUUUGCCUUUGAUAAGUUUGAGCCCAGCAUAUGCUUAAUCCUCCUCUUUCUGGUUCUGUUUUGUACUGAUCACUAAUGCAGCCUUACAAAAUUGUCAUAAAAAUAUUAUCCGCCCAGGCACAUACACUACUUUCUUUUAUCAUCAUGAUUUGAUUAAAUUUUUUAAAUUUUAUUUACCCAUCCAAAAAGUUUUUUGCCCUGAGCAAGAAGAUGAGUAGAAUUAUUAUUAUGCAGAGCUACUAUAAUGCAAAAUUAACUCAUAAAUAUGUAUGGCUGUAUUUUCAUAGUUUGAACAGAUUAAUUUGCAGAGAAGAGGGAUAAAACCUAUGGGAGGGGGGAGAAUGUCCUUCCCUGGGAGAUGUUUAUAAAACGGACCACAUUGCACCAAAUGGCAAGUAUUUUCAAAAAUUACAUCACCCUCAGAAUAUUCAAAAAGGCUUUUUGAGGCCUUUGAUUCUGCCAUUUCUAUUGUGCAAAAGAUCUUUCAGCAGGCAUUUACAUCUCCAGCAUGCGGCUUGAAGGAUGGUAUGGCUGCUCCAUACAAUCUUUCAUCUACGUAAAGUAAUCACAGGGAUUCCCAACAUAUUUCAAUAUUUUGCUUCCUGCAUAAUAAACCUCAGUGAUGCACUUAAUUACUUGUGUAAGCCUUUGACUUAUUCUUGACAACCAAACUGCUGUGAGUAGCUUCUGCUCUUACCCCUUAUCAGGAGGUAUGCAGCUCAAACAUAAGUUGGGGAGAGCAAAUCCCAAAUACUUGCAGUCUUUAAGAGCUCAAAUGUCAAGGGAGGGAAGAGAAGACAGAGAUUUGGUCUCUGUUAGCUACUUUUUCAUAUUUACUAAUAGUCACGUACUUAUGCAUGGAACUUCUAUGCAUGAAGUGCAGUCCCUGAAUUAAUUCAUAAGGCCACUACCAUCUAUUGUUUCAGAUUCCUCUUAAGCACCCAGUUCUGCUGGGCUGUUCCAAGAAAUCAGACAGUGAUGAAUAGAUGAUUUUAUUUAUUUAUUUUGUUUAAAAUAGAAAUUUGAGGAUUUGGAGUGAUCUGUAAUCAUAGCUAUCUAUGUAACCAUAUGAUAUAAUUACUGUCACCCUCAUCCUUCCUCCCAGUGUCCACUGUCCUUUUGUUUCUCGUGCUCGGAGCAUCCAGUUCGUAGGCUCUUCAGUGCAGGGACAGUGCCUACCCAUGUAUUUUGUGCAGUGCCAAAAGUCCUAGUCAGGCCAUCAGGGCCUUCACUUACUACACGCACGAGAGAAGGGCACUGAGCAUUUUGUCCUGAGUUUUCCUUUAUUCAUAAAUUCUAUGCUGAUGAUGGGAAUCAAUCCAGGAAAUCCCUAAAUAUGAAAGAGGAUGUACGCUUCAUGGAAAAACAACUACUGCCUUGUCCCGACGCCCUUUCUGGCAGGUGAAAGGCAGUGAUGUGCCUUGUUGCUCUGGGUGCAGAGUCCUUGGGCCUGAUUCUCCCCCUGGUUACUCUAGCUGUAUGCUGGUGUAACCGAGGGUGGGGGAGGAAGUCGGGCUCUCUGUCUUUAUUUUCACAUAACUUUAAAACUAUGCUGAAAGUAUCCAGUUAGUCCGGUUUUAAAUUACCACAGAGUGCCAAUACCGAUAUGAAAUCAAAGAUUUGCCAAGCAGCUGAUACUUGCUACUUACUGCGAGCUGCCAAAAGAUUUGGGUUUAAAUUACCUGACUUGGAUGUUCUUGCAGCUAGGCACAUUUGAAAUGAAAAAAGUGCUUGUUAUGUAAGUAUCCAAAUUCCAGCUCUCCCAGGCCCCAGUUGACCCUGAAGAAGGCAUAUGACUCUCAGCUCCUUGAGGCAGUAUCUGAUUAUUGAGGGUUUGAAGCUGCAAUAUUUUAACUAGAACCAUGAGCAUCUAUAAUUCUCAAUAUUUUACAGUUAAGUUUGAUGGUAAUUAAAAAUGCAAUUAACUCUUCAAGCCCAGAGGACAGUCGUACUCAUCCAGAGUACUCUGCCCAGAGGUACAGAAAAGAAGUAAUGAGGUCUAAUUUUCAGUACUUCCGCCCAGUUCCCUCACCAGCAUGACCUCUACCUCCCUCAUCAUUCCUGCUCCCUCCCAUACCCUUGCUUGAACAAAAUGAGACCUCUUCAACCCUUAGCCUCCACCCCACACAACCAGUCACCCACUUAUGGCCACCUAAAAGCCUGGGGAAUAUAGGUAGACCCCAAGUAACAAAAACAAAGGGAUUAGUGAUUAUCUUAAGUGUUAAUAAAACACACAGACGCACACACAGACACACACACACACCUUUUCUCCCUCUCCAUUCCAGCAGGAGAAUCAAUAUCUGGUUUGGAAGUUGAACAAUAAAAGGGUCUUUCUGAAUACUCAUGUGUUUUCUUUUGACAAAUAUGUGUGUUACUAUUAUUGGUCCAUCCAAGUAUGUGAUUUUUGCUUCUUUGUUCUCUUGCAGGCAAUCAAAAGUAAAGCACACUGCAGUAUAUUGCACACAAUGCACAUACAAAUAUAGAAUAGUAUCAGCCUCUUUUGACUAUCAUGUUAAACAAUUCAAUUAUUUUGUGAACUCACCCCACAGUGGUGGUUCAGGAUAAGAUCACAUUUUUCUUAAGCAGAGAUGUAGCAAGAUAGGUUUUAGUGUUUAAAUCUAAAAAUAGAUUGACCUUAGCUUCAUUUUUCCAUUCUCUUUCAUGCACACCACAAAGCUACCUCCUGUCGCUCAUUCUGCAAACGGUUCUGCAUAACUUGACAAUACUGACCGUUUCUGCUCAGCAUGGGGCAGAAGCCGAGUUUGUGUUAUUUCUGAGCUAUAGACUUGAUAAUUCUUUGGUCUGUGGGGGAUGUUGUAGGUGCAGCUACGUGAGCUUUCAUGCACUUCUAGCGAGGUGGUAAUCCCCCUGCGAUGCAUAUGAGAAAAUCAUGGGACCAGUUUCAGCCCUGGUGGGUCAAUUGGCCUGUUAAUGUAUAGAGUUAUGCAUGCUAGAUUUGGACCAUAAUCUCUAACCAUUUGAAAGUAGGUCAGAGGUUGCAGUGAACUAUUCUCAUCAAGAUCCUGUGACAUUUAGUAGCCUUGGCCUCCGUGCUUAAAAAAACAAAGAUUAUUAGUGACAACACAAUGACGCAUCGAGCAUCAGACCAUUUUAGUAUCUUUAUCCCUGUUGUGUUCCCUUGGGAUGAUGAUGACGCGUUGUCAUUAAUUGUGAGAACCAAGGUCAGACUCCAGAACUCUCUGAUCAAAUACUUUAUGGAGUGGAUAUGGAGUGUACAGUUUAUCAAUUUUGAUGGACAAUACUGAUUUAAAGCCAGCUAGAGGACAACAGUUCUAUUUCAUGGCAACUUUUGAGUUUUGACAUUUGUUUUCAUUCCAUGUUGGAAUGAAAAAAAACAACCUUUCAAACAUUUUCACAAAGUGGAGUUGUGUCAAAACUCCUCCGAAAUGACCAGAGAACUCUCAAUCACAAAACCCUUCUGACAGAUAUGUUGUUGAAACUAAUAUAUCUCCACAAAAUUAUUUUUUCAGAAAUAUUCCAACUAGCUGGAAUACUGAUGUUGUUUCCAGGGAGAGAGAGAGAGUAUUUUUUUUUUUAAAUUGUCUUCAAGUGAAGCAUUAGCAGGAGACUUUAAAAAAUAAAACCUCAUACUGGAUCUAGCCUCAAGGUAUAAAGAUUGUUUGUUGUAGAUAUGUGUAAAGUUUUUGUUUCAAUACUGUGACAUUGUGGUACUGUAGUUGAUUGAGGGAGCCGGUCAUUCAGUUUUACAAUCCUUUUAUGAUCCCAGGGUUUGAAAAAAGUAUUUGUGAGUUGAAAUUGAGUCCUGCAGUAGGUCUAGUAGUCAAAAGAUGAUUUACAUUUGAGUUUUCUAUCUUUUAUGCCAGUUUUUCAGGGGGAGGAUUAUAACCUAUAAGCAAUCAGACAAGAAGCUAAAGAAUUCAGUCUAAUAGGAGACAUCUCACAUUUAAUCAUUUGCUAUGCUAAUACAUAUUUUAGGCUACAGCCAGUGUUAAAAUUAAAUCCUUUCAAGCAUGUUCACAGGCUGUUCCUUUCAUACUGUGUAGAUACAGUGGUGGUCUAAAUGUUCAAAUUGACUAAUCAUUUUUGGUGCUUUAAUUUUUGUGUGGCCUACUUGAGACAUCUUAAAGGGGCCUGAUUUUCUGUGGAUGGGUGCUUUUUGCAUGUCAGGCUCCUUUAAGGUGUCUCAGAUGGGGCACCCAAAUCAUUAGAUACUUCUGAAAAUGCAAGACAUUGCAAAUACAUUUGCAUUGUGCUCUCUCAAACAAUUAUUUUAUUUAUCUGAACUGUGGGAAACAACAUGCAAUUUGUAUAAUAGGAUUAUUUGUAAUGGAAGGAAUGUUUUUAAAUGGCCAAAGCAGUGGCUGAACAAACUCUAUCUGUACCUCUCAGUGCACUCAAAGGGGCCAUGAGCUGACUACCUCUCAGAACAAGGAACAUGCCCCUAAUAACAGACACUACUUUUUGAGAACUUGAAGCAUCUGGCAAGGAGGUGGCUCUAAAGGGGUUGUGGUGAAGUCUUGCACUGCUGAGUCAGGUGCCAUUGCUUGUGAACAUCUAGAGGUCACCAGGAAGUAAAAGAAGUCCAUGACUUUAAAAGUUCCGAACAAAGGGCCGGAUUGUUGAAAAGAGGACUCUUGUGGGUGCAAAUCUGCACCUUGUGGUAUGGUGGGGGAGCUGCUUCAGUGGCCUUGUCCUUCCUGGGAUGUGGGAAUCUGCACAGGGGCUGGGAUCUAGGCUGGGGGGGACAUAUGCUUAGGCAUCAGUACAGGCUACGGCUUCUUGCUGUGGAACCUCCCUUUGAAGGAGGCUGCAGAUGUAAGCAGGAGAAGCCCUCGGAGCCAGACUAACGAGGAGCCAAAAGAGAGUUACAGGGAGGACAAAAGGCAAGUGCCUCCCAAGUGCAGGAUUGCUACAAAGGGAAGAUCCCAGCUUCUCACCUGGGUGACCUACAGACAGCACCUCCAAGGCACUGGGCUGGCAGUGAGCUGCGUAUGUAAGCGUGUUACACUAUCCUUCUGCUCUGCCUCACUGCUGUGUCCUUGUGAUCUUAGCAAACAGAUUGAAAUGUACGUGGAUCCUGCUCUUGUAAAUUUCCAUUCACAGCCUGCUUGCUAAAAUGGACUAGGGUGCAGUGGAGGAUGUGACCUAAGUUCACAAACCAAAACAAAUCUGCUUGGUCUAAUUUUAGGCCAUUUCAGUUUAAUAUGGAAAUUCUAUCACCAACACAAGACUCGUCUGUUCUCCCAGUAAAUAUGGAUUUAAGACAUUUCAUGAGGGAGGGCUGUAUAUGUGGAAGUGAUCAGGGAUUUAUAGCCACCUUUCAACAGCUGGCAUUACAAUCAAACCAUUUGUCAAUAAAAGGAACAGAAUAAGGGAGAGUGAUAACAAGGCCAAGUGUAACUUCACUUCCAGCUGCUAAUGAGCAAGAUCAUGGGAAACUUUAACGUAUGUUUAAGAUACAGGGUCAGAUUUUCUUUCCUGUUUUGGCCGCUUUGUGCUACUAAAGGGCCAAGAAAGUUGUUGGAGCUCCCCAGCUAAUAUGUGGCUAGCACAAUCUGUUCCUAUGCCCUCCCUGCAGCUCCGGAGGCAUUGAUGCUUGUCAGAAAUGGAAGGGUCGUGGUCAGAGUGCAACUGCACUAAUCUCCAGCUGGCAGACAACCUCUUGGGAACCGUAGCCAGCUGUCCUACUUUAGACUAAAGGAUCUUGGAGGCUACUAUAAACUAUGCUGGGCCUGAGGUCAGUAUAGAACUGGCCACAGGGUCAGGUAGCUGCAAACAACAAAUAUGCAGCCCCUUCCCUCUCCCCCUCACUGGGUACUGCGCUCAGUAGAUACAGAGUAGGCACCAGAGAAUCUGGCCACCAGCAUUCAGUUGACUCAACAGAGAAUGAUGUAGGGCAGUGUCAUGACUCUGAUUGUUCAUCCCUCUCUUUCUGUCUCUCUGUGUGUGUGGUUUUGUUUGCA